GUCACUUCCGGCUUUCGGUCCUUUCUCCGAGCUUCUGUCGUCUGUGUGAACCGCGUGUUUACACACUCCCAGAUGAAGGAGUCGAUCAUGAACCAGGAGAAGCUCGCCAAACUGCAGGCGCAGGUCCGCAUUGGCGGCAAGGGCUCAGCCCGCAGAAAGAAGAAGGUGGUGCACAGAACUGCUACAGCUGAUGACAAGAAGUUACAAUUCUCCCUAAAGAAACUCGGAGUCAACAACAUUUCUGGCAUUGAGGAGGUGAAUAUGUUCACAAACCAGGGGACAGUGAUCCACUUUAACAACCCAAAGGUGCAGGCCUCACUGGCUGCCAACACCUUUACAAUCACAGGGCACGCUGAGAACAAACAGCUCACAGAGAUGCUUCCGGGAAUCCUGAACCAGCUCGGAGCCGACAGCCUCACCAGUCUUAGGAGAUUAGCAGAGACCCUGCCUAAACCAGCUGGAGAGAACAAAGCCCCCAUGGUUGCUGCGGAGGAGGAGGAUGAUGAAGUUCCAGAUCUUGUUGAAAACUUCGAUGAGGCUUCAAAGAACGAGGCCAACUAAAAGCCAAACAAGUGAACUCUUCAACACUCUCCUUUACUCACCGUACUUUUACACAGCAGCAUUUGUAACACUUCAUCUUUGUUGUUGCUCUGCGACUGCAAACAGUACUUGCUUUUUAAUUGUAACCCUCACAACCAGCCUCAAAAAAACCCAGGUGGAAUCUUUUUUUUUUUUUUUUUUUUUUUUUUUUUUUUAUGGCAACUGUUACCCUCCUGUCUAAUUUGCCCUGUUCUGCAGAAGAAAUUAUUUAAUGCAGUGGAAUGUGCAAACCUCACCGCCUCUCUGUCAUUGUGAUGCCCACACAUCAAAAAUGUAAUGGUGGAAUUAAUCAUGUAAUAAAGAUUACAUUUACAUUAGUUUCUUUUUUUCUUACAUGAAACAUAUUUAGAUUUUUUUUUAAAUGGAUUGUUUUGUUUUAGAGUUUGCUGCUGUCUGCACCCAGCUGAUUCUGAUGACUGUCUUAUCUCAGGAACGAACUGAAGGAAUUUCUUUCAAUUUGACAUAAGUAUUCGCUAGACUUUUAUGUUUAAGGAUGAACAUGAAAUUUAGUGGUCACUGGGUUGCUGCUCCAAGGCAUUUCUAACAGACACAUAAGACACCACAUCAAUUGCUGGAUCUGUCAUAUCUGAGCGUUUAAAACUUCCCAGUAAAUAUGUACAAGUAAAUGGAUCAGCUGUGAUUUUCUAAAUUAAAAGCUCUGUAAC